GUCGCCAGGCAAUGUUGGCAGGUGUUUUUAUGAGUUCUAACUAGCCAUUCAUAUGUUUCUUUAGUUUGCAGUACUUAGAGCUGUUGUGCGGGCCAGCUCGGUGAGAUUAGGUUGCACACUUGCUCACGCAGCCCACGCUCCCUGACUUGAGCCAACACCGGGUGUCCUUUUCUCAUUUCUGACGACUUGGUAGCUGAUCUCCAGACCAGAUGGUUUUCAGUAGCCAUACAAGUGCGUCUUAUGGGGGAAUUGUCGGGAGGGGUGUAACAGUCGGCCAUCGUUGCAACUCAGGAGCUCAGCCGCGCGCGUCCCACGUAACCUACAGGAGACGGCAGUCGCAAAGAUGCAUCGUCUCACCUUCUUCGAUAGAUCUUCAGAGAGUUUCAGUUACGGGGAUGCCUUGUGCACCAGAGGCAGAGGAGUGCAGUGUGUCCGACAGAUUUUCUGUGGAGCUGCGUGGUCAGGACAGCAUUGCAGAGGCAUUGAGUGCCGGCUCUAGUGGGAUUCUAGAUGCGGCGAGUGGCGCUGCCCAGGACGUGACGGCUGCAGUGCAGGCAGUCGCACAAGAUGCUUUGACUGCUAGGCGAUUUGAACGCCAGCAGUCACGAGCAAGGGAGCAGACCACCUACAAAAUGGCAGCGAUCCUUGCAUCCACGGGAAUCACAGCAAUGGCCAUCACAGCAGUACAUCUCCGUUUUACAUGGCACAUGAGGGACGGCGCAGAGUUUCCAAUUUUGGAAGCGGCAGCAACGCUGCUGCUCACAUUUGGCGGCGUGGUGGGCAUGGAAAUGUGGGCCAGGUGGGCGCACAAGGCAUUGUGGCAUGAGAAUGAGGCGGGCUGGUCUCUGCACAAGUCCCACCAUGUGCCUCGAGUGGGGCCCUUUGAGGCCAAUGACAUCUAUGCCAUCGCCAAUGCAGUCCCUGCCAUGGGCCUGUGCUUGUAUGGGUUCUUGACGCCGACGCUGAUGGGCGGAGUGUGCUUUGGAGCUGGCCUGGGCAUCACCCUCUUUGGCAUCAUGUACAUGUUCAUCCAUGAUGGCUUGGUGCACCGCCGAUUCCCUGUGGGCCCUCUAGCAGAUGUUCCCUACCUGAAGCGGUGCGCAGUGGCACAUCAGCUGCACCACAGCGAGAAGUAUGGCGGGAUUCCCUGGGGCAUGUUUUUGGGGCCUCAGGAGUUGGAGGCCGUUGGUGCGAAGGAGGAGCUUGAUCGCAUGUGUGAAGAGCUCACAUUCUCGAGCAAGAAGAACUAGCAGCAGGAAGGAGACAGACUGCCACAGUCAGCUUAGUGGCGUGCACUCCAGAAACACAAAAGUGCGCACCAUAAGACCAAGAGUUGAUGGCUACUAUGCGCAAACCUUUUGUAGGAGGAAGGUCUCGGCUUGUGAGCGGAUUGAGUUAUUUUCAGCAUUAGUUCUGUUUGUGCUAGGCCUUUCAAUCAGCAUGCUAACUGUCAAAUUCACAGCAGAGGGCUUUGGAAAGAUUCUACAGGGAAAGGGUUGUAUUCUGCGAACCACAUGUGCAGACACCACAAAACUUCGUUGGUGUUUCAGUGCUGUGACAUUUUUCAUGUCAGCUAACCCUGUCAAAGCUCCUGCUAUGGCACAAGCUCUGCAGGGACGAAUCACAAUGAACCUUAUUAAGCAGUACUUCAGGCGACUUGCAUGAUGCGAGUUGCACCCAUCGGCAUUGUUUUGACUUGGACAUGAUGUGGUGUGCCGGCUACGGUGCAUGGGCUCUUGCUCAUCACAGACCAACAUGUAAAUAAAAUCCGUUCUCUUACU